UUUUUUCGUUGAUUGGAUAGUUGUGUUGUCACUCAAAUGGUAGACGUUUGGACCACUCAUCCGGCGCGGGGUUUUUGUGCUUCUGCUUCUGCUGAGACGGAGGAACGGAAGUUACUAUUAAGAAGUAGAUUCUGUUGUUUAUUUAAGGACACUAAGAAAACGUAUAAGCAGUUUACCCACUAAAUAAAAAAAAAGGAAUUUGUUAGGUUACAGGUGGCUAAAAGAUGGCUGAUUGGGCAGAUUACCGUAACGAGGAUGACGAGGUUGAGCAGGAAGAAGGAGAAGAACCUGCAGGAGAAUACCGGAGCACUGGACGUGACAGCUUGGUAUUCUUAGUGGACGCGUCUAAAGAAAUGUUUAUUAAGGGUGAAGAUGGAGAACCCUCUAACUUUGACAUGACAAUGCAGUGUGUGCGCAGUGUGUACACCAGUAAAAUCAUAAGUAGUGACAGAGACCUGGUUGCACUGGUCUUUUAUGGGACUGAGCAAAGCAAGAACCCCAGAAAUUCUUUUAAACAUGUCUACGUUUACCAUGAUCUAGAUUCUCCUGGUGCUCGGCAUGUACAGGAAAUCGAUAAACUGAGAGGUGAUGAAGGGUCUCAGCUGGCUGCAGAGACCAUGGGCAGUGGAGAGACGUCACUUGGAGAUGCUCUGUGGUGCUGUUCAAACUUGUAUAGUGACAUUAAACUACGACUGUCUCACAAACGUCUCAUGAUUUUCACCUGCAGAGAUGACCCUCAUGGCGGAGACGGAAUUCGAGACAGACAGGCUCGUACUAAGGCUGAUGAUCUUAAAGAGACAGGAGUGGUUAUAGACUUAAUGCACCUUACCAAGCCAGGAGGAUUUGAUGUUUCCCUGUUCUUUAGUGAUAUUGUAAGCCCCUCUGAGGAUGAGAGUGAGCUUGGGCUGCAUCUCGAACCCUCUGGGAAACUUGAGGAACUACAGAAGAGGGUCAGGGCUCGAGAGAUGCCAAAGAGAGCCCAGAGUAGAAUUACUUUUUCUUUGGGAGAUGAUAUGAAAGUGGCAGUGGGUGUGUAUGUGUUGGCCAGAACAGCCACAAAACCUCCUGCUGUAAAGUUGUACAGAGAUACAAAUGAGCCAGUUCACACUAAGACCCGUCUUUUCCACACCCAAAAUGGAAGCCUGCUUCUGCCCAGUGAUACCAAGAAAGCCCAGGUUUAUGGAAACAAACAAAUUCUGAUGGAGAAAGACGAAGUGGAUGAGAUUAAAAAGUUUGAUAAUCCAGGUUUGGUCCUGAUGGGGUUUAAGCCAAUGGAUCGUUUGAAAUUACACCAUCAUAUACGACCUGCAUUGUUCAUAUAUCCCGAGGAGGAGCAAAUUGCAGGCAAUUCCUGCGUAUUCACAGCUUUGUUGCAAAGAUGCAGUGAAAGAAAUGUGUUUGCGUUGUGUAAAUUCACUUCACGCCGUAACACUCCACCUCGGUUUGUUGCUUUGGUACCGCAAAAAGAAGUGUUGGACAACAGUCAGGGUCAAACUGCACCUUCAGGUUUUCAUGCCAUUUUCCUACCCUAUGCGGAUGAUAUACGUACUCUGGAUGUGCAUGAGUGUCCUACAGCCUCUGAUGAACAAACUAACAAAAUGAAAGAGAUUGUGCACAAACUCCGAUUUAAAUAUAGGAGUGAUGCAUUUGAAAAUCCAGUUCUUCAGCAGCAUUAUAGGAAUUUAGAGGCCCUAGCUCUGGAUAUGGUGGCACCUGAAGCCAUUGAGGACUUUACAAUGCCCAAGGCAAAAAUGAUGGAUGAGCGACUUGGUCCUCUAGUUCAAGAAUUCAAAGAUUUGGUCUAUCCAGCGGAUUACAACCCUGAGGGCAAGCCAUCAGCCAAACGCAAACCAGCUGAGGCUGGGGGAGGUGUAGACAAAAAGCCAAAAGUUGAGAUGUCAGAAGAUGAGCUGCGAGCCCAUGUGGCAAAAGGAACUUUGGGGAAGCUGACAGUGCCUGUACUCAAAGAUGCCUGUAAACAAUUCAGAGUACGGACCACAGGCACCAAGAAACAGGAACUCAUUGAUGCUCUGACUGAAGAGCUUUCUAAAUAAAUUGCAAUAACAAUUGUUCUGUAGCUGUCUUGUAGGUGAAAAACUAUUGCUAUCCUGUAAAUGCUGUUGCAGCAUUUUAAUCGUCAUCACACAUCGUUUUAGGGCUGUGUAAAGCAGAAAAAACAUAAAAGACUCUAAUUAAAUUGUUUUGCACUGUUUAUUUCUAUCCUGGAAGUUUGAGUGUCUUUAUUGUAAAUAAAGGUGCAGUACAACAAAAUAAAUGCUAAAUACAUCAUCCGAAAGAAACAA